AACAUACAGUAGCUGUAUCGCACUGUCUCUUUUUAACUCGCGUGUAACGGCUGUUGAUAAUAUUGUGGUACUCUUCUAAAAUGAGAGUGAAGUUAGCCAGUGUUGUAAUUAAUUGUUUAUAAUAGCCAGUUUUAUCAAAAUUCAUCAAUAAGAAAUUGUGUAAUAAUCAUCAAGCGUUCGAGUAAUGAUAAUAUUAGCGUUUAAUUUCAAUUUGUGUACAUUUCUUUCCGUUAUCGAAUUAUUUUUACGCCCGAUUGUUUGAUAUGAAAUGUCAAUCCGGCAGAGUGCAGCUGAUUGCCAACUUAAAAACCGUAAAUGAAUGAAGUUAUGUCAACGUCAGGAUUAAAUGAUUAUUUAUUAUUUUAGAAUUAUUUAUUUACUGCGUGAUAAUAUUUGUAAGAAUGGAGUUUAUUGAAUUGAUACACAUAAAUAAAUUGGAUGGUGUUAUUUUAAAGUAUCCGCACCAAGAUAAUGUGGAUGGAACAGUAUGUAUCACAGGACAUCAUCUUAUUUUGAGCUCUCGAAAAGAAGGCGUUCACGAACUAUGGCUUCUCCACAAGAACAUAGACUGUAUAGAAAAAAAAGAAAACAAACCAAUCAGUGGAGUCACCCAGGGUGGCUCCCUGUUCCUCAAAUGCAAGGACUUGAGGAUAUUCCAACUGGAUAUAGCUACAACAAAUGAAUUAAACCAAAUGGCACAAACCCUUGAGAAUUUGUCUGGAUUACAAGAUCCAGGAUUGUUCUACCCAUUCUUUUAUAGACACAUGCACCCUAUUGUGGAGAAUGGGUACACUCUUUACAGUAUAGAGGGCGAAUUCACAAAAGUAUUAGCGACUGAAGAAUGGCGAGUUUCGCGCGUGAACCAGAACUACUCAGUGUGUCCCAGCUAUGGGAAGGCGGUGGUGGUGCCCAAGUGUGUUGAUGACGACACCCUCGCAGCCGCAGCUACAUUCAGGCAGGGAGGACGGUUCCCCGUACUCUCUUAUAGACAUAAUAAUGGAGCAGUUCUAAUGCGCGCCGGCCAGCCGCUGUACGGUCCGAAGCACAGGCGGUGUCGACCAGACGAGGCGAUAUUGAAUGCAGUGGUCGCAGCCGGCACCAAAGGCAUCAUAUACGAUCUACGCAGCUCUAACUCGAUAUCACAACAGCAGAAUAAAGGUGGUGGAACGGAGAGCAACUCGAACUACUCACAGUGGAAAAUAUACAACAGGUCUAUGGAUGAGGUUGACAAUCAGCAACCACUGUUGGACAGCUAUGCUAAACUAAUCGAUGCGUGCAACGACCGUGAGAUAUCGAGUGAUAAAUGGAUCUCCCGGCUGGAGUCAUGCGGCUGGCCCGAGAGCGUGCGGAACUCUUUACAUACAGCCUGCAUCGUCGCACAGCAUAUCCAUCAGAAAGCGGAACCCGUCCUGGUCCAUGGUACGCGUGGUGAAGAUGCUACGUUAUUAGUUUGCUCUCUAGUCCAGAUUAUACUGAACCCCGACUGCAGAACUAUACGAGGCCUACAGGCGCUAAUAGAGCGCGAAUGGAACGCGGCGGGCCACCCGUGGUACUCCCGGCAGCGCGUGGGUCCGUACGGCGCGUCCAGCGCCCGCGCGGCGCCCACCUUCCUGCUCCUGCUCGACUGCAUCAGGCAGUUCCUGGAGCAGUUCCCCUGCAGCUUCGAGUUCCGACAGUCUUUUCUUAUCACCCUCUUUGAACAUUCUUAUGCUAGUCAGUUUGGUACAUUUAUGUGCGACAAUGAACAAGAGAGAGAGACUCGCGGCGUAUACUCGCAGACCACGAGUCUCUGGUCGUGGCUGAACCAACCGGACGAGCUGCCCAAGUACAUCAACCCGCUCUACGAUCCCACGCCCAACGUUAUCUGGCCCUCCGUCGCACCCAUGAGCUUCGUUAUAUGGGAAGAGCUGUACCUCCGCUGGUUAGUAAAACAAAACACGGAGGAGCGAGAGGAACAAUACGGCAACAUUCGCGCACGUGAACAACAACUGCGUGCGCAUGCGCAACAGUUGCGACGCGAGCUCUUCGACAUUGCGGCGCAGUACUACGGACCUAAGCCAGACGAUAAGUAACCACUAGUCACUUGUAGAUAGUGUAGCUAGUAUUUCCUUACUGUUGGAAAUGGAACCAGUGCAGUACUUUUGUGUAAAAUUAGAUCUAUACUCGGAAUUUUAAUUCGAUUCCAGAUUUGACAAUUUCAGUGUUGCAACGUUAUGACAUGUAUUAAAUAGUG